CCAUUUUGUCAGUCGCCUGCGGAUCCCGCGCGCUGGAGAAGUGCAGUUCCCCCUGGUUACCAAUUCGUCGGUUCUCCCUUCGCGCUGCGGGCGCCGUCGAAGAGCACUCACCACUGAUACAGCCGUUCCUCCCUACAGUGCCACCGCCGCUGUUGCAUCCGCCCGGAGCUAGUGCCCCGUCUUCCUCCCCCACCACUGACAGGCGCCCUCAGGGAGCCGCCGUCAGCGAUGUCAAGCGAGGAAAGCUACCGGGCCAUUCUUCGCUACCUGACAAACGAGCGUGAGCCGUAUGCGCCGGGCACCGAGGGCAAUGUCAAGCGUAAAAUCCGCAAGGCAGCUGCCUGCUACGUGGUGCGCGGUGGGACUCUGUACUACCAGCGGCGGCAGCGGCACCGCAAGACCUUCGCGGAGCUGGAGGUGGUGCUGCAGCCCGAGCGGCGCCGGGGGCUCAUCGAGGCGGCGCACCUGGGCCCCGGCGGCACUCACCACACCCGGCAUCAGACCUGGCACGACUUGUCCAAGACUUACUGGUGGCGAGGCAUAUUAAAGCAAGUGAAAGAUUACAUUAAACAGUGUAGCAAAUGCCAGGAGAAACUAGAUCGCUCCCGUCCAAUAUCAGAUACUUCAGAAAUGCUGGAAGAAUUGGGACUAGAUCUUGAAUCUGGAGAAGAAAGUAAUGAAUCAGAAGAUGAUCUGAGCAAUUUUACUUCACCUCCAACUACAGCCUCCAAGCCUGCAAAAAAGAAGCCAGUAUCGAAACAUGAACUUGUUUUUGUUGACACCAAAGGAGUGGUGAAACGUUCUUCUCCAAAACAUUGUCAGGCUGUCUUAAAACAGCUCAACGAACAGAGACUCUCCAACCAGUUCUGUGAUGUUACUUUGUUAAUUGAGGGAGAAGAGUACAAAGCUCAUAAAUCUGUUUUGUCAGCUAAUAGUGAAUAUUUUCGAGAUCUUUUUAUUGAGAAAGGAGCUGUUUCCAGUCAUGAGGCAGUGGUGGAUCUUUCUGGUUUUUGUAAGGCAAGCUUCCUUCCUUUAUUGGAAUUUGCCUAUACUUCUGUGCUAAGUUUUGACUUCUGUAGCAUGGCUGAUGUAGCCAUCUUGGCGCGCCAUCUUUUCAUGUCGGAAGUUUUAGAAAUCUGUGAAAGUGUACAUAAACUAAUGGAAGAGAAGCAACUAACAGUGUAUAAGAAGGGUGAGGUCCAAACGGUUGCAUCUACCCAGGACUUACCAGAACCCAAUGGAAAUACUGCACCUCCUGUGGCUAGCAGCGAGGGAACCACAACAUUAUCUACUGAACUUGGGGAUUGUGAAAUUGUACUGUUGGUGAAUGGAGAAUUGCCUGAAGCUGAGCAGAAUGGAGAGCCUGGACAACACCCUGAACGCCAGGUUUCUUCAGAGGCUCAAGCCACUCUGUCACCAGCAGGCUGUGUAACUGGUUCCCAUCCUGAAAUGGAGUCUGUGGAUUUAGCAACAAAAAUUGAUGACACAGAACGAGAAACUUUAAACAGCAAAGAUAGCACACUUUCUAAUAUACAUCCCAAACUUUCAAAAGAGAAUGUAAUCAGUAGCUCUCCAGAAAACAAUGGUAUGGGAAAUGACACAUCCACUGAAGAUAUCUGUGCUGAAGACAUUCCAGAAUCAAUGCAGAACCUUGGCCAGUCUUUAAAAGAGCAAGAAAAUCUAAUCGCACUGACAACAAAGACAGACCUGGGCCCUGAUGAUGAAACUUACAGAAGCAGGCUUCGGCAGCGUUCUGUUAAUGAAGGGGGGUAUAUCCGACUACACAAAGGAAUGGAGAAAAAGCUGCAAAAACGGAAGGCCAUUCCAAAGUCAGCAGUUCAGCAGGUAGCCCAGAAAUUAGUUCAAAGAGGGAAAAAGAUGAAACAGCCAAAAAGGGAUACUAAAGAGAAUACUGAAGAAGCAGCAUCCCAUAAAUGUGGGGAAUGUGGAAUGGUUUUUCAGAGACGAUAUGCCCUUAUAAUGCACACACUGAAGCAUGAAAGAGCUAGAGAUUACAAAUGUCCGUUGUGUAAAAAACAGUUUCAGUACAGUGCUUCCUUGCGAGCACAUCUUAUUCGACAUACCAGAAAAGAUGCACCCACUUCAUCCUCUUCCAAUUCUACGUCUAAUGAGACAUCGGGAACAUCGUCUGAGAAGGGGAGAACCAAACGAGAAUUUAUAUGUUCCAUAUGUGGAAGGACAUUACCUAAAUUAUAUUCUCUUCGAAUACACAUGUUAAAGCAUACAGGUGUAAAGCCACAUGCGUGCCAGGUCUGUGGAAAGACUUUCAUCUAUAAGCAUGGUCUAAAAUUACACCAGAGUCUCCAUCAAUCACAAAAGCAGUUCCAGUGUGAACUGUGUGUUAAGUCAUUUGUUACCAAACGGAGUCUUCAAGAACAUAUGAGUAUUCACACAGGUGAGUCCAAGUACCUCUGCUCAGUUUGUGGAAAGUCUUUUCACAGGGGCUCUGGACUCAGCAAGCACCUAAAGAAACACCAGCCAAAGCCUGAGGUUCGAGGUUAUCAUUGUACUCAAUGUGAAAAAAGUUUCUUUGAAGCUAGAGAUCUUCGUCAGCACAUGAACAAACAUCUUGGUGUGAAGCCAUUCCAGUGCCAGUUUUGUGAUAAGUGCUAUAGUUGGAAGAAAGAUUGGUAUUCUCAUGUGAAGUCUCAUUCUGUCACUGAGCCUUACAGGUGUAAUAUAUGUGGCAAAGAAUUUUAUGAGAAAGCAUUAUUUAGAAGGCAUGUAAAGAAAGCUACGCAUGGGAAAAAAGGAAGAGCAAAGCAGAACCUAGAACGGGUGUGUGAACAAUGUGGAAGAAAAUUCACUCAGUUAAGAGAGUAUAGGAGACACAUGAACAACCACGAAGGAGUCAAGCCAUUUGAAUGCUUAACAUGUGGAGUAGCCUGGGCUGAUGCCCGAUCUCUAAAACGCCACGUCAGAACACAUACUGGUGAACGGCCCUAUGUCUGCCCCGUAUGUAGUGAAGCCUACAUAGAUGCUCGAACACUCCGUAAACAUAUGACUAAAUUCCACAGAGAUUAUGUGCCUUGCAAAAUUAUGCUGGAGAAAGAUACCCUUCAGUUUCAUAACCAAGGAACUCAAGUGGAGCAUGCUGUUAGUAUCUUAACAGCAGACAUGCAGGAACAAGAAAGCAGUGGUCCUCAAGAACUGGAGACAGUGGUGGUGACGGGAGAGACCAUGGAAGCACUGGAAGCUGUUGCGGCUACGGAAGAGUGUCCGUCAGUAUCUACGCUCUCUGACCAAAGCAUCAUGCAAGUGGUUAAUUAUGUUUUGGCGCAACAGCAAGGACAGAAGCUCUCAGAAGUGGCAGAAGCUAUUCAAACUGUUGAAGUAGAGGUGGCACACAUUUCGGAAGCAGAGUGACUGUAGCGAUGGAGAUCAAAGAAGUGACAUCCCAUGUGUACUGAACUCACAGAACAUCUGUUCACACUGCAGUGUGUGACUGUCUGCCCAAAGUUUGUAGGUCAAGGCUCUGGGCUGUUUGGUGAUGUUUGAAUUUCUGAACGGUUUGUCUGGCUAAUGGGUUCUAUUGAAAAAUCCAUUUAUUGUAAAGGAAUUGAAAGCAAAUUUACUUGAUGGUAAUGGUUUAUCAUGGUGUACUUUUUAUGAAUUAAUGUUUAUAAAGGACUGGACUAAAUUAAAAACUGUAUAGUUUCACUUGCAUUUUGACAUUAUUAUAUACUUUGAGUUUAAAAGGCUGCACUAGUCAGAUCUUCUUCUCUUUUAUUCUCAAAAUAGAGAGGUUCUGUGAUUUCAUUUGCCCUGUUUAUAGGUUCAAAAAAAUUCUAAUAUAAAGCAUUUUAGUAGGAUGCGUAAGUAUAUUACAUUUUUAAAAUGCUUCAAAUCUGUGAUUCUUGACUUACUAUUUAUUUUAACCCCUUAUAAGUCAGGGAUUUAUUCUAUUUUAAAGCACUUAAUGAGUUACAUGUUGUAAUCAAGUUUGCACAGUAUACUUAACCUAGAUGGGGAACCCUUAAGUAAAUAGCUGAUUUUUAAAAAUGCCAUUAAAAUGCAUGAAAUGCCUAUUAAAGCCUUACUAUAUACUAUCUCUUCAAGGCAAGUAAAUUGACCAUGAGCAAAGGACACUGUUAUUAAACAUUGUUGAUGGGAAAUUUCUCCUUGAUAACAUGGGACAAUGAAUGAAAAAAAAACUCAUUCUUUUGCUGAAGAAUGAACAAAUUAAAACUAGAUUUGUUAUGUUUGCAGCUUUUUUAUCAUGUUUAAUCGUUCAAUUUUGUUGAAAAACUGCAAUUUAGAAAUAGGAUAGCAAUACGGACCUCUACAGUGGUCCUGUGUGGAUACUGUAUAAUUGUCAAGUAACUUCAGAAUAUUGAAAAGUCUUCAAGUCAGCCCUCAUUUUAGUAUACUGUAUAAAGAAGUUAAUUGAUUAUGGUCCACCAAAUUGUUGAAAGUAAAUUAUUUUUAAAAGUUAUGUGAGAAUUAGUAAUUUGUGUGUUUGAUUUUUAAAUUCCCACUUCUAGAAGCUAUCCAGUUUUCUGACCUUCAAAAUAACCUUGGGGAGAUGCCACAUUUCUCUCCUGUAGGAAACUACCACUCAAACUAUAAUUGUUAAAAUUAAACUUUUUACUUUAGGUAUUAGAAGCUAAUAUAAGGUAUAAAAAAUGAAGAUAUAAGCAAAAUCACAAGUAAAUCAUUCCUAAAGCACAAGAAAAGAAUGUGCCUUGAUGUACAUAUAUUAUUAAGAUAUUUAUUCCAGUUUACUUUAAAAAAUGGCUGAAAAGAUAAAGACUAAAUGUGAUGCCAUGCAUGCAUUAUACCUGCAUAUGUAAUAUUUGCAUUUGCAAAUUUCCCAUUGUUCCUAUAGCUGUGUGGCUGACUUUUUCAAUUUUAAGUGAAUUGACAUACAGUCUAUAACUUUAUAAUGGCUGCUUGUUUAUCAUACCUUUCAGUUAGUGAAAAUGUAUUUCAACCUAACUAAAAUUUGGAAUUGUGUCUUUUAUGUUCCAUCUUCACCAUUGUUACUAGAUUUAGUUAAUUGUAUAAGACCAUUAAUGUAUGUCCAAAAUUGUAAAUAAAAGAUGUUGAAUCUUGUUUAAAAGCAUAAGCUUUGGAGUUGACCUUGUCACUUUUCUCUUCAUAACUCAGUUGCUGUCAUAAAUUAGUUAUGUUAUUAAAGUUAAUCCAUUUUUAAAGGCAAGGGGAAUUGAAUACAUUAAAAAAUAACCAUUGGGUAAAAACAUAAUAUUAAAACUUCUUACUCAUAAACAAAAUUUUCCCACAAAAUUGGAAGUAGUGUGAUUUACUAAAUGUGUAGAGUUACAGGGUUACCGGUAGGCUCAGUUGGUAGAGCAUGUGACUCUUGGUCUUGAGGUAGUGAGUUCAAGCCCCAUGUUGGACGUGACUUUUCACAAAAUGUGUAGCAUUACAUAAGUCCAUGUAGAAACAAGUGUUAAGGUUGCAAAAAUUCAGUUUUAUGUUGCCAUGGGGGAAGCUUCUGUAUUUAAUUUACAAUUCUUUCUUAGAAACAUGCAUUGCUUUGUUGUCAGGUGACUCUCCGCUAAUUGUGUGGGGACCCCUGGUUAAAUGUACUUAAGACUCCUGCUGCCAAGCAGUUUGAGUCAUAACUGUUAGUCACUGAAAUGUAUAAAUUGAUAGCAAUGAAUUAAUUCUCUGACAUGGGUUUUAAUCUGUUUUAUUAACAGUGGCUAUAUACAGAAUUUCACAAGGUUGCCUAAACUGCUGAACUUAAAGCUAAUCCAAAAGUUCAGUGUUUUGUCUUUUUUGAUGCAUUGAUGCAAACUCUCUGUGCAUGCAUGAUAUUUCCUGCUUAUGAUUCUUCUUGUCAAACCUGUAAUCUCUUGGAAAUUCCUAAACAGUUUUACAUCUAAUGCUUCAAACAUACAUAAUAAAAGCCUUUGCUUCCUCUUGA